AUGUCCGCUUUAUUUAACUUUCAAAGUCUACUGGUUGUUAUACUUCUUUUAAUUUGUACAUGUACUUAUAUACAUGAUUUUUAUCCAAAAUUACUCAACCGAUAUAAAACAGGAUUUCGUGGUACAUUUUGGAAAUUUGCAAGAAUUGGUCAACGCAAAAGUCAAUAUGUAUCAAUAUUUUGUCUUGGAAUGGCACUAAGUGUACUCUUUUGGCAAUAG